AUGCCGGAGGGCGUGUCAAAAGACGCCAAAAAUGGCAAAGAAGAGAAGAAGAUGAAAGAGUCGCCCAAACGGAGAUCCGGCAACCUCGCCAAAGUCAAAAUCGAGUUGCUCGAUGGAUCUAUUAUGGACCUGGAAGUUGAGAGAAAGAUACGAGGUCACGAACUUUUGGCGAAGGUGUGCGACAGUCUAAACUUAGUCGAGAAGGACUACUUCGGUUUGCUCUACGAAGACCGCGGAGACCCCCGGGUCUGGAUCGACCUGGAAAAGCGCGUGUCCAAAAUGCUAAAACAUGAGCCAUGGUACGUACGUUUCACGGUGAAGUUCUACCCUCCCGAGCCCGCGCAACUCCAAGAAGAGCUCACGAGAUACCAACUGGUUUUGGCUAUCAGGAAAGAUCUCUUGGAUGGUCGCUUGCCCUGUUCAGCGGUAACUCACGCUCUGCUCGCGAGUUACCUGCUGCAGUCCGAACUCGGUGACUAUGAGGAACGGGAGGCCGGCGCUGGACUCUGCAAGCAGCUGAGGCUGGUGCCGCCCGCCAGCUGCACUCCGGACCUCGAGGAAAAGGUGCUCGAGUUACACAAGACGCACAGAGGUCAGACGCCAGCGGAAGCCGAACUGAACUACCUCGAGAAUGCGAAAAAGCUGGCCAUGUACGGUGUCGAUUUGCAUCCUGCCAAAGACUCCGAAAACGUGGACAUCACCCUCGGGGUGUGCUCUUCCGGCCUACUCGUGCACAGAGACAAGCUCCGCAUUAACCGCUUCGCGUGGCCCAAGAUCCUGAAGAUCAGCUACAAGCGCCACAACUUCUACGUGAAGCUCCGGCCGGGGGAGUUCGAGCAGUUCGAGUCGACGGUCGGCUUCAAGCUCGCGAACCACCGCGCCGCCAAGAAGCUGUGGAAGACUUGCGUCGAGCAUCAUACUUUCUUCAGGCUAACGAGCCCUGAACCGGCGACCCGCAGCACUCUUUUCCCUCGCCUCGGCUCCCGCUUCCGUUACAGCGGACGAACUCACUACGAGUCUCGCAACGCGACUCUCUCCCGCCCUCCGCCGAACUUUGACAGGUCGCUCUCCACCAGGGGACUUACCUCUCGCAGCACUAUGGCUCUGUCAUCAGAGAAAGAUGAGUCGAUGCCACCAGAUGCAGCGAAGAGACACACCAUGCCGCCUCAACCGGCACCCAGACCCACCAUCACAGAUAAGAAACCGCCACCCGGUGCCGUCAAAGUGAUGCCCACCGCGCCUCCGGACAAAAAAGACGAUAAGAAAUUAGCAGAGGCAAAGAAACCGGCUGAAAACGGAACCGACACGACCAGUGAUCCGGGCAUAACAAACAAUUUAGAAACGACGCCAAAGAAAUCGAAGGGAGGAUUCGGAUUAUUCGCCAAGAAGGAGAAGUCUCCUAAAGAUGAAAAGUCACCGAAAGAGAAAUCACCUAAAAAAGAGAAACCCCCGCGAGAGAAAUCACCAAAAGAAAAGGAUAAGAAACAAAAAGUUUCACCGGCUAAGAUAGCAGUACUCGACACCUCCAAUGAUAGUGCCCAUCUCGAGGGUUCCGGCGACCGAAGUCCGAGGACAGAAGAGAAGCCGAGCUUCACUAAACCUUACGAAUACACCGAUACGGAAAAGAGUCCAACUCGCAAACCGUUGAUCAAAGGCGCGUUCAGUUACGAGAAGGAACCUAUAUCAGAAGAUAAACAAAUAGGUUUAGGUGAUAGUCAAAGCCCUGGCACGAGGAAAGCUGGAUUAGCAUUUAACUAUGCCCCAGGAGAGGAUAAGAAAGUUGCAGAAAGCGCCGAAAAACGGAAGACGCCGGAAGAUCCUAGCAAAUUGAAAACGCCAGGACUGGAUUAUGUCGAAUCGGCUAGCCUCAAAGAACUAGCCAAAAAGCCGAAGUCCAAUCUUAUUGACCCCACGCUCGCUCUUCUCGACUCGGAAAGAGCUCAACAUGAAGUGCCCGUUGCGGCUGCCGUUCCCGUCGCCGCCGCUAAACUGGAUAAUGAAAUACAAGUAGUUAUAAUUACUGGCCGCUAUAAUCCCAAAACAAAGAAACUCGACGACGCCAAUGGAACCGUCUUAGUCACCAAAGGCGCACUUGACAAAGCCGCCGGAAAGAUUACAACCGAAACUGAAACCAUCAAUAUGAAAUCGGGUCAAGUGAGUUGGACUGACCCUGCCAGCGGGAAGCAAGAAGUGAAAAGCGGUCAUGUUGAUUCUAAAACGGGACACAUACUCUUCACUUCCGGUAUCAUUGACCCGAAAACAGGGAAAAUGGAUCCGACGCUAGCUCAACAAUAUUGUUUUGUAGAAAAGGCUGAUGAUAAGGUCGGUGCUAAAGCCGGCAGGGAGGUCGAUUUAGUAGUGCUAACGGGUAAAUAUGAUGGAAAACAUAAAAAGUUAGAUGCCAGCCAUGGCCACGUAGAAGUUUCUAGGGCGAUUGUUUCCCCGGACGGUACAGUAAUUUCUAAUUAUGGUAUAAUAGAUCCUAAGUCGGGCAAAAUUAAUUACAUUGACCCAAAAUCUGGCAAACAAGAUCCUAAGCAGGCUUACGUCGAUCAAAAAACUGGAAAUCUGCUCGUCACCACUGGCGUGCUGGAUCCUAAGUCUGGUAAAGUGGAUUCUUCCCUAGGUCAGCAAUACAGUAUCGUAGAAAAGGAUGCUACCAAAGCGAACAGAGAAGUGAGAUUAGUCGUUAUUACGAGCAAAUACGAUAUAAAAAAUAAGAAGCUCGAUUCGGCAUUCGCUCAUAUAGAUGCUAUAAAAGGAGUACUUAGUGGUACCGAUGGUAAAAUAUAUACCGAGUAUGGAAUUAUUGAUCCUCGAACGGGCAACAUACAGGUCACAGAUUCAAAAACUGGAAAGCAAGAAAUCAAAAAAGCCCAAGUCGAUUCCAAGACGGGUAAUAUUCUUUUGUUAUCGGGCGUAGUCGAUCCUAGAACUGAUGAAUUGGACACUUCGCUGGGACAGCAAUACAGUAUCGUGGAUAAGCCCACGAGUACGUUUGCCGCUCUACCCGGAAAGGAAGUUCAGGUGGUAGCAAUAACUGGUAAAUACGAUUCAAAAACCAAAAAGCUCGAUAAUCCCAACGGUUUCAUAGAAACUUCACAAGCUAUUAUCAGUGAUAAAGAUGGUAAAGUUCAUACGAACUUUGGAGUGCUCGAUCCGAACAACGGCAAAAUAUAUUUUACUGACCCCAAAAGCGGAAAACGAGACUCUAAACAAGCUUUUAUUGAUACUAAAACGGGUAGUUUCCUUCUGACAUCCGGCGUGAUAGAUCCCAAGACGGGUAAACCUGAUUCUGCACUAGGACAACAACUCACUGUCGUUGACAAAGAUGCUCCCAAGGGUAUACCAGAAAAAUAUAUGAAUUUAGUGAUUGUCACGUCUAGAUAUGAUCCCAAGAACAAAAAACUCGAUCUUACUAAUGCUCAUGUAGAUACGAUUUCGGGUAAGUUAGGUGAUGAUGACAAGUUAUAUACAGACCUCGGUGUUAUUGAUCCCGCCACGGGCCAAAUAACCGUAACAGACGCUAUUACGGGUAAGCAAGAAGUAAAGAAAGCUUCUAUCGACCCUAAAACUGGAAAUAUGUUGCUCACGUCGAGUGUUAUCGACCCUAACACUAAAGUGGUCGAUCCAGCAUUGGGGCAGCAAUACACCGUCACGAAUAAGCCCAAAGAUACGUUUGGUUCGGUUCAAGGAAAAGAAGUUCAAUUAGUCGUCAUAACUAGCAAGUACGACGCCAAAUAUAAGAGGUUAGAUAACCCGAAUGGCCACAUUGAAACUUCACGCGGAGUCGUGGUCGCAGACGGCAGAAUAUAUAGUAAUUUCGGUAUUAUCGAUCCUAAAACUGGUAAAAUAGAGCAAACCGAUCCCUUGACAGGAAACGUGGAAGUUAAGAACGCUAUAGCCGAUCCCAAAACGGGCCACUUGGUCGUUGCUGGAGGAGUCGUCGACCCUAAAACAGGCAAAGUUGAUUCGUCACUAGCACAACAAUUUAGCAUCAUCGACAAGGAUGCUAAACCAAAGGAAAGGGAAAUUCACCUUGUCAUAAUCACUACUAAAUACGAUCCACGUACUAAGAAAAUAGAUCCUGCUCAAGCAGAGAUAGAAACGGUUUCUGGUACUGUUGGAGCUGAUGGAAAAAUACAUACCGAGUUGGGAAUCAUUGAUCCCGCUACAGGUGAAAUUGUCGUGAAAGAUCCAAAAACAGGCAAACAGGAAGUUAAGAAAGCUCAAUUAGAUUCGGCCACGGGCCACAUGCUUGUUACCAACAAUGUUGUAGAUCCGAAGACAGGAAAAGUAAACCCUUCUUUGGCUCAAAUGUAUAGUAUUGUCAACAAACCAACCGUUCCACACGUAAAGCCGCCUACCAAAGGUGAAAUUCGACUGGUUAUUAUAACAAGUAGAGUUGAUCCUAAAACUAAAGCUUUGGAUGCCACUUCUGGGACCAUAGACGCGACAAAGGGUUACGUAAGCGCAGAAGAUGGCAAAAUUCACACUGAUUUCGGAAUCAUAGAUCCAAAAUCAGGGCAGAUUUUGUACAAAGAUCCUAUAACUGGUAAGCAGGAGCUAAAACAAGCCGAUGUUGAUCUAAAAACGGGAACCAUCACCGUUACAACAUCAGUUGUUGAUCCAAAAACGGGUAAAGUCGAUCCCACGUUUGCUCAGCAGCUGACUAUCAUUGAUAAGCAAAGUGUUUUAUCUAAAGUGACACCAGUGUCACAAAGAGCCAGUGUCACGCCACCCCGCCAAAUACCGACUCCUGUAAAAACGCCGACCACGACACCAGUUCAAACACCUUCGGAAUCAUCUGCCCGUUCAUCGGCACAUUUUGCAAGUCAAUACCAAAAGGCUUCACCGAUUACAUCAGUUCAGGGUAUAGCUCCUACGAAACCGACAACCGCACCGCCGGCUCCACCUAAGAAGAAGAUCGUUAAGAUUAUGGUUAUAUUUACUAGAGUCGACCCAAAGACUAAGAAGCCUGAUUUCUUUACCGCCGAAGUUGAGCAUCUAACCGGUGUAUUAGACCCUAACGGAUUCAUCGAGACUAAAUACGGGCUUCUUGAUUCGAACAAAGGCAGUAUGGUAAUAACAGAUGCUGCGGGUCAAAAGCAAACUAAAGAUGGCACCAUUCUCGCUGAAACUGGUCAAAUAUUUAUUCAUUCCGGUGCUAUCGACCCUAAAACUGGAAAAGUUGAUCCCAAUUUAGGCAUGAUCCUCAGUGUCGCUAAGCAAGACGAUCCGGUCGUAGACAUCACUACUAUAACGGGGCCUUACGAUCCCAAAACCGGAAAAGUAAAUAUCGAAGAUAGUGUGGUUGAACAUACCAAGGGUAAGGUUGAUGCUGAAACGGGAAACAUAUCGACGAAAUAUGGCGUGAUCGACCCUUCCAACGGAGUUAUUUUUGCAUCGGACACUACUGGUUCUCAAGAUGCUAAAGUCAUCUCUAUAGAUGAAAAUAAUGGGCAGAUCACUAUCGUCGGCGUAAUAGACCCUAAAACUGGAAAAAUCAAUCCCAACCUCGCCCAAUUGCUCGUCGUCGGCAGUCAUAUCGACCCGGUGGUAGAAGUGACGUCCUUCGUCGGUAAAGUUGAUGCUAAGAAGGGUGUGAUCGAACCGAAAAACUCGGUGAUCGAAAGCAGCACGGGUCAAAUGAAUCCCGAUAACAAUAUCAUCAAUACUAAGUACGGUCAGAUUGACCUAGUUAAAGGUACCGUGACAUAUAACGACCCGAAAACUGGAAAGUUCGAAAGCAAGGAGCUCAAAGUGGACCCCGUGACGGGGCAGUUCUUGUUACGAACGGGUCAAGUGAAUCCAAAAUCGGGCAAGCCCGAUAAGGACAUCGGUCGGUUGAUGUGUCUUAGAAUCAUUCAAACUAAAGUCGACCCCGUCACGGGCAAGCAGAUCGUCUCGAAUGAUCCUAAGAACGUUAAAGUGGAUCCGAAAACCAACCAGAUCUGGAUCGCCGGACCUAAAGACCCCAAAACGGGAGAAACUCUGUACACUGCCGGACAAAUAGAUCCGAACACCGGCUACAUCAUCACCGUUUACGGUCGUCUGGAUCCCAAAUCGGGCACAAUUUCGAGAGCGACAGAUGUCGAGAAGUCACUCAUUAAAGUCGACCCGGUCAACGGGCAAAUUUACACGGCCACCGGCGAUGUAGACGAAAACAACGAACCUCUUUACUCCGCCUCGCAAGUCGAUCCCGGAACUGGUGAAAUUUACACAAAGUUGGGUAAAAUCGAUCCCAGGACGGGUAAACUGAUAAUCGUCAAAAUUUACAUAAUCACUCAGAAAGACGACAAGGGAAGAGUAAAGGAAGUCGAUCCUAAAGAGUGCACCAUCGACGAAACGACUGGCAGAAUAAUCACGACGAAGACCGUGUACGUGUACCAGAUCAUAGACCCGAUCACCGGAGAGACCAUCGACGUGGAUCCCGACGACCCGAGGCUCAAGGGGGCGAGAACGACCGUCACUCAGACCAUGACCCUGUCGGGUAAGAUCGACCCGGUCACCGGAAGGAUUAAAACCGAGUACGGCGAUAUCGACCCGGACACGGGCGACAUCGACCCCAGCACCGCUGUGCGCGACCCCGUCACCGGCCAACUGAUCCUGCACUACUCCCAGAUAGACCCGUCCCACUUCGAGGACAAGAGCGGCAACUACACGAUCGAAAAGGAAACCGAAGACCUCCCGGCGAACAUCGACAUUCAGACGGUGAACACGCACAAGUUCUCCACUUUUGGCAAAGACGAGAGUCCCCUUAGGGGCGACGAGCCCAAGUCGUUUACCGAGUACACGACGAGCGAGCACAUCCGGCACCAAGGCUACGCGUCUUCCUCGACCCCCGUCUCCUCCAAGAUCCCGAUUUCACAGCGAUCCAAAAAGACUCCGACGCCGCCGGUGGUCGUAAAGACCACGACCAAACAGCUGCUCACAAAGAACGACGAGGGCGUGACGCACAACGUCGAGCAAGAGGUGGAGAACCUCGGCACCGGCGAGGUGACUUUCUCCACGCACACCAACAAGGCCGACAACGUCGAGCCGACGGAGGGCCGCAGCCCGUACGUGACCGCGAGGGCGGUGACCACCCGCACUGCCACCACCCACCACGACCUCGACACGAAGGCCAAGACGCAGCAAAUGGAGGAAAAGACGGUCGCGCACACGCUGACCUCGUCCGCCACGAGGCAGGAGCAGAGAGUGGUGACGCAGCAGGUCAAAACGACCGUCACCACGGGCGAUCAGUUGACUAGACACGGUUCGGCGUCGUCCCUGAGUAGCGGAGAUUCCGGCACCCCGAUCGACUUCGACGGCGGCGAGGGACAUUACUACGUAACGGAACCCGGAGUGUACCGCACGACGACUACGUCGACGACAAUGGGAAACGCGCCGUUUGGUAGCAUGGUGCACGGUGCUACCACUAAGACUAGUGUCGGGCCUCAGGUUACAUCUUUCUCUAAAAGCCCAGAACCCACAGAGAUUCCGGAGUCGGCGGAAAACCUCACAGGGGAAGAAGUGGUCUCCUCGCAGACCAUCAGCUCGAAGACACGAACUGUUGAGACGAUUACUUACAAGACGGAACGCAACGGAGUGGUGGAAACCAGAGUCGAGCAGAAGAUCACCAUCCAGUCCGACGGUGACCCGAUCGAUCACGACCGAGCACUCGCCGAGGCUAUACAGGAAGCCACGGCGAUGAACCCCGACAUGACGGUGGAGAAAAUCGAGAUCCAACAGCAGAGCACGCAGCCCUAG